CACCCCGAGGGAAGUGGGGGUUUUAAAACAUCUGCCACGUUUGCGUGAACCGCCUUUGUGGACUCGCGGCGCCGAUCUGGAGAGGUUUGCGCGCCGAUAGUUGCGCUAGGAGGAGGUGGGUCUAGUUUUUGAGGAGCCUGGAGGGGGCUGCGCUGCGGUGCCACUUAUCAUUAGAUAUGGCCACCGUUACGGAGUACACAGAAGCGUCAUCUUCAACUUAAUUUUUUUGUGUGUCAUAUUCCGCCGCCGUUUGUCGCGGCCGCGGGGGUCGGCGUGGCCUGGCGUGGAUGCCGUUCUUCGGAGGGCUGCGGGUGGGUUCGUCUCCGUGCGCUCUGGAGGCGGUCGUUGCUGCGUGGCAGGCCGGCUCGGAGUCUCCUCACUGGCCGCUCGGUCCCGCAGCUUGUCGCAGCUGAAGAAAGCCCAAGCAGCCCCUCCGCGGGUCGGCUCCCGGCUCCCCUGCGCUCCCUCCUCCUCUUCCCGGAGGAGCCUCCUUUUGGAGACCGCUUCCUCCGCUUGCUUGGACCCCUUUCUGCUGCUCGGUUUGUUUAAUGAUAGAAUUGUUGGGUGGCUAACACCAACUAGCCGUGUUAACCCGAACUCGUGCGACGACAGCUGUCAUCGGAGAAAGGAAAGUGAUCCCCUCCUCUCCGCUAACGCGAGAGCCAGAGCAGCGGUUCCCGGCUGGAUUUACAUCGUCUGCGCCUCCGUCAAAUGGGCAAAGUUGGGAAUAAGAAAGCGACGCCGGAUUAUCGUGAUGUGCGCGGUGCGUUUCUGAGGACUGCUGCGGUGCUGCUUCACCGGAGAGAGGCUAGCUAGCUCCGCUAGCUGCGCUAGCUUAGCUGGGUGAUAAAAGUGCGACGUUUCAUCCCCCAGUCAUUUGGACAUGAAGAGGAUAAUACGCUACUCAUAGGGCUGGAAGAAUGUCAUCAGAGGAUAAUACUGUGGAACCCUCUGACCAGGGACCCUCGCCGCCCUCCAGCAGUGCAGGGGCCACGUCCACAGGAAGUCCUGCCCACGCUGACAAGCGACCACGUGGCAGGCCGCGUAAAGAUGCCGCCGCCGCUGCUUCCAUCUCGCCCCAGGCACCGCCCUUUUCCACGGCGAAGAACAGAAAGAAGGGGCGCACUAGAGGGAGGGUUGUCGUGGACGAGGAGGACAGCAUGGACGGGACGGAGAUGCCGGAGUCCGUAGACCCUCAGGAUGCAGAAACACAAAUGCAGCCGGUGGAGACGGUGGAAGUGGUGACCACUGAUGUGCCGGAGGAGGACCAGCCCUCUUCCCCUCUGGCCCAGAGUCCAGCAGGACCGUCUGUCCCAGCAAGUCGAGAAGUCAAAAGCAGCGAGCGUCUCUGUGCCUUCUGUUACUGCGGCGGCCGUAGCCUUCUGGGUCAGGGGGAACUGCACGCGUUCAGCGCCUCGCCCGAGCUCCUCGGACACCAGGGCGACGGCGAUCAAACCACUCAGCCAAAAACCACCGGAGAGACCAGCUCAGGACCGAAGGACAAGAGCAAGAAUGGGUCUGAGGGCUGCGAGGAGGAACCGGAUCCGGCCACUCGGUUCUGGGACGAGCUUUCUCAUGUCGGACUUCCACAAGAUCUCAACGUCCAGUCUCUCUUCGAGUCAGGGCAAUGCUGGGCACAUCAGAGUUGUGCCUUGUGGUCCGACGGCGUUUGUGAGGGCGAGGGACAAUCUCUGCUUAAUGUGGACAGAGCCAUUGACUCAGGGAGCACAAAGCACUGUGCAUACUGUAAGCGCCUUGGAGCAUCCAUAAAGUGCUGUGCUGAAGGAUGUGCUCAACUCUACCAUUACCCCUGUGCGGGGGCAGCUGGGACCUUUCAGGAUAUCAGGAGUCUCUCGCUCCUCUGCCCAGAACACAUCGAAUUGGCCAUUCUCAAAUUCGUGGACGAUGUGAACUGCGCGCUGUGCGACAGCCCCGGGGACCUCCUGGACCAGCUCUUCUGCACCAGUUGUGGUCUGCAUUACCACGGGAUGUGCCUGGACAUGGCUGUGACCCCUCUGAGGAGAGCGGGCUGGCAGUGCCCCGAGUGCAAAAUCUGCCAGACGUGCAAGAACCCGGGAGAGGACACCAAGAUGCUGGUGUGUGACAUGUGUGACAAAGGCUACCACACCUUCUGUCUGCAGCCCGCCAUGGAUGCUCUGCCCACCAACGGAUGGAGAUGUAAGAACUGCAGAGUGUGUGUCCAGUGUGGGACUCGAACCAGCGGCCAGUGGCACCACACCAGCCUGCUGUGUGAGAACUGCGUCCAGAACCAGGAUCCGGCUCUGAGCUGUCCUAUGUGUACCUGCAUCCUGGACCCGGAGCACCACAAAGACCUGCUGUUCUGUCAGACUUGUAAGAGAUGGCUACACCUGGAGUGCGAGCGUCAGAACUCAGGCCAAGCAGAAAUCCACCCCAGAGAGGACUAUGUUUGUUCCAACUGCAGGUCUCCUGCUGCAGAGCAGGCGCUGCAGGCAGAGGAUAUGGACACCGGCCCAGAGCUCAGCCCUCAGCCAGCCUCCAUGCACACAAACUCUGAGGCUGGCCUACAGCUGGCUCUAAAGCACACAGAUCUAGAACCUGGCACUCUGCUGCCUCCCGAAAUGCACAAUGACCCCGAACCGGAGUUACUCGCCGUUCCAUUGCACUCGGAUCCAGAGCCCGCUCAGGCCGCCGUCCAGGAGGAGAAGCUGGCCACGUCGGACCAGAAACCCGACGGGUCUCCGUUCCAGAAAGAAGCCUCGGCGGGUUCAGACGCGGUGGAGAUGCAGGUUACUGAAACAUGUGACAGCAGAAACGCAGCUGAAUUUGAACCAGAAACGCAGCCAGCAGUCCGAGCCGCACCCGGCUCUCCGGAGAGCCCCGCGUCCUCAGCGGCUCCUUUCCCGGAGCCGUUCCCAGCCCAGCCCCCGACGGAAGCACUACAGACGCAGGACGCCACAUCUCAAAUCAAACCAGCAGACAGCGAGGCCGGCCCCCAGCAGGGCACGGCCGCCCCUAGCACAAAGGAUCUUAUGGCCAUCAUCUCAACCACCAAAGAACCAAGUACUGCUUCAGUACCCUUCACGGACCAACCGACGGAAAGCCCGCUACCCCAGCCUUCCAGCGCGGACGUAGUCAGGGUCUCCUUCCUGGAAACGGCUCCGGCAGAACUUAACCAGGAGAGGACGGAGGGCAUUUUCCACAGGAACCUGGCGGAGACUGUUAAACCCUCGGCUGCUGGCACAUCGGAGGACAUGGACACGACACCGGAGACACAGCCAAACCUGUCGUUUUCCAGCUCGUCUUCAGAGGAGAAACCCCUCAAAACAUCUGUGGAGCGACUGGCCGAAAUGGUCUCCUCGUCUUCUUCUUCUUCGACUUCUUCUUCUUCUUCUUCUUCUUCCUACCCCUCCCCUCUGGCCCGGGCCCUACCGCCCAGAGAUCCGCCCCUGGCCCAGAUCCUGCCCUCGCUGAGCAGCAGCAGCAGCAGUGGCAGCAGCGUGGUGCCCACCACCACCCUCAUCCCGUUCACACCCAAGAUCGGCAUGGGGAAGCCCGCCAUCACCAAGAGGAAGUUUUCUCCUGGGAGGCCCCGAGUGAAGCAGGUACGAGUCCCGGUGUCACGCCACACGCCGCCACGCUGCUGUGAUCUCUGAUCUC